AUAAUAUAAAAAUAAUAAUAAAAGUACCCAAAAUGUCACUCACACUCUGGAAUUCGAGAUUUUCAAUAACGUUAGUUCGCCAGCACACAACGAUAUUUACAUCAGCUAGGACGGCACUUACAGAAAAUGCUAUCAAUAGUUCACAUCUAUCACAAAAUUUCCUACAAAGACGACAUUUUGCAUUGAACCUAAUGAAAACGAAUACUGGUGGCGAUGGCGGCAGAGCGCCAAGUAACUCUCGAAACCCCACAAACAACCAACGUGGAUCGUCCCAACCGCGGUACACUAGGAAUGCCUCGAUGAGUCAAGGUGCUGCCGGCGGCGGUAUCCCAUUCGAGCACCCACAUUGUGAUCGUAUAGCCAUGUAUGAUUAUGAGUCACGCAGGAACAGGAUAACACGUGGUCCUUACGACUACGACUUGAUUGUAAUUGGCGGUGGAUCGGCGGGUCUGGCAUGUGCCAAGGAAGCUGUGGCGUGCGGAGCUCGCGUUGUCUGUCUGGAUUAUGUUAAACCGACGCCCUUGGGCACCAAAUGGGGCGUUGGCGGCACUUGUGUCAAUGUUGGCUGCAUACCAAAGAAGUUAAUGCAUCAGGCAUCUCUCCUGGGUGAAGCGGUUCAUGAAGCGGCCGCCUAUGGCUGGAAUGUGAAUGAAAAAAUCAAGCCAGACUGGAACAAGCUAGUAUCCUCGGUGCAGAAUCAUAUUAAGUCAGUCAACUGGGUUACACGCGUCGAUCUUCGUGACAAAAAGGUCGAGUAUAUCAAUGGUUUGGGCUCGUUCCUUGACCCUCACACUAUGACGAUUAAGAUGAAGAGUGGCGAUCGCAAAAUCACCAGUCAGACAUUUGUGAUUGCCGUGGGUGGACGCCCUCGCUAUCCGGACAUACCUGGCGCUGUUGAGUAUGGCAUUACCAGUGACGAUCUCUUCAGUCUGAAUCGUGAGCCCGGCAAGACUCUAGUCGUGGGUGCUGGAUACAUCGGACUAGAGUGUGCUGGCUUCCUGAAGGGCUUGGGCUAUGAACCUACGGUCAUGGUGCGUUCCAUUGUCCUGCGUGGUUUCGAUCAGCAAAUGGCCGGUCUUGUUGCGGAUUCGAUGGAGGAGCGUGGCAUCCCCUUCUUGUACCAAUAUGUACCGCUGUCCGUGGAAAAGCUAUCAAGUGGCAAGCUAUUGGUGAAGUAUGAGCACAGCCAAUCGGGAGAGGUUCGCUCCGACACUUUCGACACUGUGCUGUGGGCCAUUGGACGCAAGGGCCUAGUCGACGACUUGAAUUUGGCCAAUGCAGGCGUCCAUACGUUCAAGGAUAAGAUUCAGGUGGACUCCUAUGAGGCGACAAAUGUUCCGAAUAUUUAUGCCGUCGGUGAUAUUAUCUAUGGCAAGCCGGAGUUGACACCCGUAGCUGUGCUCGCUGGUCGUUUAUUGGCACGUCGCCUCUAUGGCGAGUCCACUCAACGCAUGGAUUAUACUGAUGUGGCCACCACCGUAUUCACACCAUUGGAGUACGCUUGUGUCGGCCUAAGCGAGGAGGAUGCCGUCAAGGAGUUCGGUGCUGAUGAAAUUGAGGUUUUCCAUGGCUACUAUAAGCCUACAGAGUUCUUCAUACCCCAGAAGAGUGUGCGUCAUUGCUACUUGAAGGCGGUGGCUGAGCGCCAUGGCGAGCAGCGCGUGUAUGGCCUGCACUAUUUGGGACCAGUCGCCGGCGAAGUAAUUCAAGGAUUUGCCGCUGCCCUCAAGUCUGGCCUAACGAUCAAAACGCUGAUGAACACUGUGGGUAUUCAUCCCACGACAGCUGAGGAGUUCACUCGCCUGAACAUUACCAAACGCUCUGGUCUGGACCCCACACCAGCCAGCUGUUGCAGCUAAGCAAAGCGGAAAGCUCAACGUUCGCACACAUACGACGCCCACAAUACCCCCACUAACUAUUUAGAAUUGUUGCCGCAGCCUAGUGAAAGUUUCUUCAAGUUUUGUUAUACAUAGUUUUGAAAAUGUCACACAAUAGCUAUCACAUUCUCACACACAUGCAAAAGCACACACAAACACUCGCUAACCUACAUAUACGGACACAUUUCUGGUGGCAACUCGGGAUUAUCGCUCAGGCUCCAGUGGAACUGGAGGAGGGAGACAUCACAACAAGCCCCUCUGCGGAUGCGACCUAAAUUCAAAAUUAAGAAAUUAUAUGUUUAACGAAAAUUCUUUAUUUUUUUUAAUGGUAAGAAAAAUAAAAUUUUUCAUCCAAAUAGGAAAUUAUUAUUUUGUGUGAUAAA